AUGUCUGCGGUUCCUAGGCCUCCGGUUACUGUCUACUCGGAAUCCAGCGGCAAGAGCGUUGCCACGCAUGCGCUCCCUGCCGUAUUUGAUGCGCCCAUUCGGCCUGAUAUUGUAAAGUUUGUUCAUGCAAACAUCUCCAAGAGCAACCGUCAGCCAUAUGCUGUAUCCGCAAAAGCUGGCCAUCAGACAUCUGCCGAAUCUUGGGGAACAGGACGUGCUGUUGCUCGUAUUCCGCGCGUUUCUGGCGGUGGUACUCAUCGCGCUGGGCAGGGUGCCUUUGGUAACAUGUGUCGUGGUGGCCGCAUGUUUGCUCCAACAAAAAUUUGGCGUAAAUGGCAUGUGAAAACCAACCUAAACCAAAAGCGUUUUGCAACCGUUUCUGCUCUCGCUGCUUCUGCAUCCCCAGCUUUGGUCCUUGCGCGCGGACACAGAAUCGCAAGCGUUCCCGAAAUUCCCUUGGUAGUCGGUGAUGGUAUCGAAUCAUUGGCCAAGACUAAAGCCGCCGUUGCUGUUCUUAAAGCUAUCAACGCUUAUCGCGAUAUCGUAAAAGUAUCAAACUCGCGAAAGUUACGAGCCGGCAAAGGAAAGAUGCGUAACAGACGACAUCGUCAGCGACGGGGGCCUUUGAUUGUUUAUAAUCAAGAUGGUGGCAUUGUGAAGGCAUUUAGGAAUAUUCCUGGUGUUGAAUUGGUUAAUGUGAGGCAUUUAAAUUUGUUACAACUGGCACCCGGUGGGCAUUUGGGACGAUUUGUUAUUUGGUCUUCUUCUGCUUUUGCGCUAUUGGAUGAAUUAUUUGGAACUUUUACGAAAGGUGCAUCUCUGAAGAAGGAUUACUAUCUCCCAUCGCAUAUUAUCACCAAUUCAGAUGUAACCUCAAUCAUAAACAGCAAGGAAGUCCAGUCUGUACUUCGACCUGCUGGCGAAAAACACCAAAAACGACCUUUUACACAAAAGAAAAACCCUCUUCGAAAUGUGGGUGUUCUUAUCCGCCUUAACCCCUAUGCCAAAGUGUUGCGUCGAGCUGAGAUUCUGACCGCUGAGAGGCGUAAAGCUGGAAAGAUUAAAAAGAAGAAGAAAGUAACCAAGAAAACUACUAGUGCAUCCAAAGAGUUCAUCAAGGUUCUCACAGCCGAAUAA